AUGGUUCAAAUACGUCGCUGCUCGCUUCGGAGGACAUGUCUGCAUCUGAGGAGACGACAAAGCUUUAACGUCUUGUUCGCUGGUUAUUCCCUAACGAACCUGGCACCCCGGAGCUGGAGCCAGCCUCCUGCAGAAGCGCGCACGCCUCUAAACAAUGCCCGAUCCGCCAAUGGACGGCGAGCCCCGGUGAAAAAGGCGCAGAUCGUGUACCCCAGCGGGAAUGGCUUAUGUCGGGAACACUACCAACCCAGCAGGCAUCUCAGGGUCCAUCACGACAUCCUGACCACGGGCAUCACCAGCUGCAGCACCAGCGGGGCUAAAAACAGAGACAAAUUGGUGGAACUGGACUCGGCCAAAGAAGCACUACCGGGUCCAAGUCGAAUAGAAGAUAGUGCCGUCUUUUGUCCUCUCCCUGCGGCAAACAAAACGGAUGUAAUGGGAGCAAAGACUUCGAUGUUGUUGUCGUCAAAGCUCAAGGACGUGGUUCGAACUGAGGAUGGGCCCCCGACGACAUCACUGGUGCACAAACCAGCAGGAGUUCCUGCUCCGAAGCCGCACUCUUCCAUGUCCAGUUCGCUGCUGUCCCCUCCCUCCACCUCGUCCACGCUGCAGUCUCCGGGCCGAGCCAAGAUGAGUGUGUCCGGACCGGGCAGCAGUAAGUCCUCUCUGCCCCCAGCACCUCUGUCCUCCUCUGGGGCCGCCUCUCCCUCCGGCUCCCCUGGUCCCACCAAAAUCCACCGCGCCCGGAAGACGAUGAAUCGGCCUCCUUUUGCACAGGCAGGUCCACUGAGAACAAUCAGUCAGAUAAGUGGACCACAGACCUCUGCUCAGACUGAUGCAGAACACGCUGCUAAGAAGAGAAAACUCGAGCACUUAUUUGAAAAUCUAUCAAAGUCUGGACCCGACAACAUGGAAUCUGGUAAAAACCCGGAAAACGUUUCUCAACCUGCGGCGAUACAAAAGAAUGGCUCUCUGGGCAAAGAAGGCAGCUUCAAAAGUCUAAUGUCGAGUCCACUUUCUUUAGACAAGCAGUUGGAUUCCGGAACACGGACGACUCAGACCAAACUCUGGUUCACGUCGCAUCAGAACAAAGACCCUGACGCUCUGGAGACGGACGAAGGGGGCGCUCCUGAGUACACCGAGGUUCCUUUAGGAGCUUUGGACAUCGCUGCUGCCGACAGUCUGACGCACUCGCCUCAGCCUGAAGGCAGUGACGGGGGCGAGGCGGAGCGCCUGGAGGAACUCCCGCUGUGCAGCUGUCGUAUGGAGGCGCCGCGGGUCGACGGCUCGAACCAGCGUUCGUUCAGAGGCUGCAUGGCCACAGAGAGCGUGAACGGAGAGCUCCGGACGUGCACAAACCGGACCCUGAAAGCGGAGACGAUGCGACCCUCGAGCCGCGUGCCGCUCAUGGUCCUCUGUGACGUCCACCGCGGUCACAUGGUCAAACACCACUGCUGCCCCGGCUGCGGAUACUUCUGCCUCGCUGGCACGUUCCUGGAGUGCUGUCCCGACCAGCGCAUCACCCACCGCUUCCACCGCGGCUGCGUGACGGUCCUGAGCGGGGGCCGGCGGGCUCACGGCGGGGGCAUGAUCUUCUGUCCUCACUGCGGAGAAGACGCCACCGAGGCCCAGGAGGUGACCGUGUCCAGCUCCGCUUCAGCCGCCACCGUGGUCACCAUGUCUGCCUCCUCCACCACCACCCCCUCCCUGCCCCCCUGCCCCGCCCACACCCCCACCCUCACCGCCUCCACGGGGGCCAGCAAGGACGGGGCGCCGGAGAGGCCUGUCAGUGCCCGAAUGCGAAGUCUGGGUCUGAAGUUGCAAGUGGAGCAGCAGCAGCCUCCUCAGACCAGCACCGUCUCUGUGCCACCAGCAGAGGGCGGUGUGGACAGUGUGGGGCCCUCGCUCUGUAUGCCCAACGGAAAACCCAUCAGCCCCGGAGCACUCCCACCAGGAUCCAGCAGGGCGGCGCUGCAGAAGGCCAUUCUCACACAGGACUCAGAGAGGAAGAAGAAGCUGCGUUUCCACCCGCGUCAGCUCUACCCUGCGGCCAAACAGGGCGAGGUGCAGAGGGUGCUGCUCAUGCUCAUGGAGGGCAUCGACCCCACGUAUCAGCCCGACUCUCAGAACCGGCGCUCGGCUCUUCACGCGGCGGCUCAGAGGGGUCUGCUGGAGGUCUGCUACAUCCUGGUGCAGGCGGGGGCUCGGGUGGAUGCGCAGGACAAGGAGCAGCGGACGCCGUUGUUAGAAGCCAUCAUCAACAAUCACCUGGAAGUGACGCGGUUCCUGGUGCAGAGCGGGGCCUGCGUCUACCACGUGGAGGAUGAUGGAUACACUGGACUGCACCACGCGGCAAAACUCGGAAGCUUAGAAAUCGUAAACUUGCUCCUGGAGACGGGGCAGGUCGACGUCAAUGCGCAGGACAGUGGUGGUUGGACUCCCAUCAUUUGGGCAGCGGAGCACAAACACGUGAAAGUGAUCAAGUCUCUGCUGAACAGAGGAGCUGAUGUCACCAUUAAUGACAAGGAGCUGAACGUGUGCCUGCACUGGGCGGCGUACGCUGGGAACGUGGACAUCGCGGAGCUGGUGCUGAACUCCGGCUGCUCGCUGGCGUCCAUGAACGUCCACGGAGACACGCCGCUGCACAUCGCCGCCCGAGAGGGGUACUUGGACUGCGUCAUGUUGUUUCUGUCGCGUGGCGCCGACAUCGACGUCAUCAACAGAGAAGGGGAGACGCCGCUGACGUUGGCCCGAGUGGACACGCCGGUCUGGGUCGCUCUGCAGAUCAACCGCAAGAUACAACGAGGGAUCGCCAACCGCAUGCUGCGCACGGAGAAGAUUGUCUGCACGGACAUAGCACAGGGCUAUGAGAACGUUCCCAUCCCGUGUGUGAACGCUGUGGACGACGAGGGCUGUCCGUCCGAUUAUAAAUAUGUGUCGGAAAACUGUGAAACUUCAGCAAUGAACAUCGACCGCAACAUCACGCACUUACAGCACUGCAGCUGCACAGACGACUGCUCCUCCAGUAACUGCCUCUGUGGACAGCUCAGUAUUCGCUGCUGGUACGAUAAGGACCAGCGGCUUCUACAGGAGUUCAAUAAGAUCGAGCCUCCUCUCAUAUUUGAAUGUAACGUGGCCUGUUCUUGUUAUCGGACGUGUAAGAACCGUGUGGUGCAGGCGGGAAUCAAAGUGCGUCUUCAGCUGUACAGGACGGAGAAGAUGGGCUGGGGGGUGAGAGCGCUGCAGGACAUCCCUCAGGGAAGCUUCAUCUGCGAAUAUGUGGGAGAGCUGAUCUCAGACGCAGAGGCCGAUGUCCGAGAAGACGACUCGUAUCUGUUUGACCUGGACAACAAGGAUGGGGAGGUGUACUGUAUCGACGCCCGUUACUAUGGAAACAUCAGCCGGUUCAUUAACCACCUGUGUGACCCAAACCUGAUCCCGGUCCGGGUCUUCAUGCUGCACCAGGACCUGAGGUUUCCGCGGAUCGCCUUCUUCAGCUCACGGGACAUUCUCAGCGGACAGGAGCUCGGUUUUGACUACGGAGACCGCUUCUGGGACAUCAAGAGCAAGUACUUCACGUGUCAGUGCGGCUCGGAGAAGUGCAAGCACUCGGCCGAAGCCAUCGCGCAGGAGCAGAGCCGACUGGCCCGACUGGAGGCCUGUCCAGAUCCAGGAACAGACUCUACCAUUUCGCUCGUGAACCUUUAA